GAAACUAUUAUUAUUUGCCCAAAAGGUCAGCACCCUGUACAUUUAUUGGAUGUAUCCAUUCAACCUGCAGGCACAAUCUCAACUGGCGGCUCUUUGUUUCUCCCAUUCUAGGUUGACAGGUAAUGAACCGUUGUCGAUCCUGCCACUGAACUCUCUACCAGAGGAGACCACGGGCAGGGCUCACUUCAAGCUGUGUGACCGACUCAAACUGGAAAAGAAGCAGCGCAGGAUGUGCAGACGAGACCCAGGUGUGGUGGACACGCUGAGGGAGGCCAUCAUCAUGAGCGCCCUAGAAUGCCAGCACCAAUUCCGCUUUGAGAGAUGGAACUGCACCCUGGAGGGGCGCCACCGAGCCAACAUAUUAAAAAGAGGAUUUAAAGAAACCUCCUUUUUGUAUGCCAUCUCCUCUGCGGGCCUAACACAAGCGAUGGCUAAAGCGUGCAGCUCAGGACGCAUGGAGCGCUGUACAUGUGACGAGGCCCCAGACCUUGAGAACCGCAAGGCCUGGCAGUGGGGAGGCUGCGGAGACAAUCUCAAAUACGCUAACAAGUUUGUCAAGGACUUCCUUGGCAAACGCUCAAACAAGGACCUACGUGCACGUGUGGACAUGCACAACACAAAUGUGGGCAUGAAAGUAAUCAAGGCUGGAGUACAGAAGACUUGCAAAUGCCACGGCGUCUCCGGCUCCUGCACCGUGCAGACCUGUUGGAGGCAGCUCCUGCCCUUCCACGAGAUUGGCAAGCAGCUGAAGCUGCGCUACGAGACCUCCAUUAAGGUCGGAAGCUCCACCAACGAGGCCACCGGGGAGGGAGAGAUCUCUACGGGCCGGAGCCAGCAGCAGCAGCAGCAGCAGCAGCAGCCCGUCCUGUCAGGUUUCAGUGAUCAAAUCCCCCGUACUAUGGACCUGCUCCACAUCGAGGACUCGCCUAGUUUCUGUAAGCCCAGCAAGUACUCGUGGGGCACUGCGGCGCGCAAGUGUUACAAGGACAAGAACUGCGAUGCUAUCUGUUGCGGGCGAGGCCAUAACACACAAAGUAGGGAGGUGACUGGGCCCUGCCAGUGCCAGGUGCGCUGGUGCUGCUAUGUGGAAUGCAAGCAGUGCACACAAAGAGAAGAGGUCUACACCUGCAAAGGGUAAAACAGUAACCUGUCAGCCCA